GGUGGUAGUAGAACACGUCACUGCAGGUGGCGCAAUGCACGGCGGUCAAUGUAUGCUGUUUUCACCGCUGUCGUUCAAGAACUUCGCCAGGUGGUGUCAUAACGACUGAGUUUGAACGGCGAGUUGUGUGACGGUCACUGGAUGCUAGGCCUCGCUGCAGAGCGUCUUCAAGAAAUGGCUCAGGUCCCCUCAUAUGUUUGGUCCGCGUCAUGUGGCCUCAUCGGGAGCCUUAAUCUUUCUACUGCUCGAGACAUCAAAAACUCUAUUUCCAUUGCCUAAAUCUAAAGUGGAGCUCCAGCGAAACCUAGUGGCCAGGAAAAGGACCACCGCAGAUAGUAGCGACUUAAAAAGCUUGAAAAUGGAAAUACAAAUGUGUAGUAAACAAUUGCAAUGUCUGGUGAGCACUUUACUUCAUAUAUUUUUCAGCUUAAUAAAUGAAAAGGUUUAGAUCGCAACGGGAGUUUCUUUUCCUGCUUCGGUGUCGGUGUUGUGUUCAGGGACCGUCGCCUGCUCUCCAGCUGGCGCUUAUUGAAUUCCCACUGAGGAUGAUUGGCGUGGGAUCUGCUGACGGAGGCGGGAUAGCGGGAGCCGUGGAAAGUUACACGCGCGCUAACCAGCGGAAAUGGUAAGAGCCUCUACACAAUAAAAGGCGAGCGAUGACUCAAGUUGUUUUCACCCUCACAUACUUCAAUUUCCAAGAAGGAACUGUGUGAGCAAAUGAUACAUUCAAAUAAACUGUAUUGGCUUCCAUGUGGCUGUAUUUCAUCCCUGUCACGAUUUGAUUUGAUUCGCAACUACUUUAUUUUGCUGCCCCGCUUGUAACCGGAAGUUAAUGGCUGCACUUACGUGAGCUCGACAGCAGGUGAAACUGAGGCGAACCCGCCGGCGGACACGAAGAUUACUGCAAGUGGAUUUGACAAGUAACCCGCUUCACCAGUAUGGUGGUUUCACCAUGGAUGACGACGGAGUCUAGAAGCGGAAGGUUUUGGAAUCGGAACUCAUCCCAGCAAUGACCGACUUCUCCUCUCACUCUCUCGGCCGGAGAAUGAAGGGUCGAGCCCCUCCUCCUCCGCCGCAGCAGGCACCUCAGCCGACUCCGCGCCGCAUGCCUAGAAGCAACACUCCUGAAGAUGGCGGGACGUCAGGCGUGGACACCAAAGAGAACAUCCUGAGGCAAACUGUAGAUCUACAGUUAAGGCUGCCAGGAGGCGGCCGGGCCUCUCAUACCGCGGAUGGACGCAAGGCACUGAUGGACCUGCUGGUGGAGCUGUGCAGCCGCUUCCACCUCAACCCGGCCCUGCACACCCUGGAACUCUACUCACCUGAGGGACACUGUGUGGGCUUCAAGCCCAACCUUCUGCUGGGCUCCCUGGACGUGGCCUCAGUCCUCAUCAAAGAGAAAGUCUUGGAGGAGAAGGUAGCGCGCAGGCCGGCGCCCAAAGUGCCAGAGAAAACAGUGCGGUUGAUGGUGAACUACCAUGGGAACCAGAAGGCAGUGGUACGAGUCAACCCUCUGAGCCCACUUCAGGACCUGAUACCUGUCAUCGCUGACAAGUGCGACUUCAACCCUGCACAUGUUCUGCUGCUGAGGGACAGCAUCAGCCACCGCGAGCUGCCUCUGGACCAGUCUCUGACCCAGCUGGGCAUCAAGGAGGUCUACGUCCUGGACCAGAGUCUGGCUCUGCAUCCUAAAAUGUCUUCCGCCCCGGUUCUAAACUACCCAGACUCCACGUACUCCAGCUCUGCCAGUUUGAGCCGGGCUGAGAAGAAAAGCUUCCUGGGCUUGUUUCAGACGAGGAGGAGAGAGGCGCCUAACACUGUUGAAACUAUGGACAUGGACAGAUAUACAGACACACACUCCAACGACACGUACUCUGUGACGGGCGUCUCCCCCUCGAGCCCAUCUCCCCACAAAAUGUCUCCCAAGUCGGACCUGAAGAAGAGAAGAGCCCCAGCACCUCCUCCUACUGCGGCUCCCACCGUGGAAGAAAGCCACACCAGGAGCCAUCAGGUGGGCUACGUGUCCGAAACCAUGCAGAGAAAGAGAAAGGCUCCAGCACCUCCCACACCAGCGUCCAUCACCCGAGGCUUGGACGAUUCCCCUGCCGCCCCAGACCCAACACCGAGCAAGAGCCUCCAUGCUAAGAUGGCAGCGACGUCCACCAAGGUCAAAACCAAAACCAAGCGGUCCGUGUCCGCCGACGUCCCAAACUCCAGCUCCCCGACUCCGAGCAGCAGCACCGUGGACAGCCUGGCCGUACAGGACUCCAGCUCCGAGUUCAGCCACAGCCUGGACGACUCGGAUCUGGACCCCGAUCAGACCGGGUCACAGCUGAGCUCCCUCACAAGCAGCACGGCAAGCGGAUCGGUCCGUAUGGUGGUCUCCAAUGUGACUGAAGAGAAGGGUCCAGUGGAGGCUUCAGGAGGGCUCCCCGAGUCAGAGCGCGACUCUGUUCUCAACCUGAAGCUGGAGGACGUUGAGAGCAACAGACACAGCACCAUGGAUUUCGUCCACACCUUCAAGAGGUCAACAGAGGAUGCCCAGACGGUGAACCAGGAGGACGAGACCGCCUCUGUGUCCAGCAGCGGCGGCAGCAGCAGCCUGAUCGACCACGGUUACGCUGCGUCCGACGGCAUCGGCGAAGACUCCGGUCUGGUCUGCUCUCCGUACGACACCCAGCCCACGUCUCCGGAGGGGAGCGUCUCUGUGCAUGGCAACACGGGACUGCAGAAGCCGAUGCAUGACACCUCCAGUGACAGUGAUGAAGGUUGUGCCACCUGGGAGUCCAGAAACAGGCACGGAGACCUGAAGCCACACUCCAAGUCCAGAGGGCUGACGGAACACGACGAGAAGACGCUUGACAUCACAUGGCGUUUUCAUCAUUUCGAAACACCUCCUGCAGACAACAUGGCCCCCGUGGAGCAAACCCGGGUGCCUGUCUCUGUGGUGGACAUGGACGUGCCAGUCACAGCCAUUGAUGAGGUCCUGGAGGAGUUUGAGGUCAAACAAGAAGCGACAGUGACUCCAAGGGUGGGGCUGUUUGAUCACAAAGGUGUAAAGGCAGAUGCAGAGUUGAGGAACAAGAACAACAAUGCUUGGACUGAAGCAGACAGCAGAAAGGCAUCUGAUUGGGUCCGAGAGGAGAAGAAGAAAACAAAAGACAAGACACUCAAAGAGACAAAUGACACAAGAUUGAGGGUCGAGAAACAAAAUCCUCCUGAAAAGGUUCAGCCCGUGUAUCAGGUCAACUCGCUUCCCAAACUUAGCAAGAUAACCAACGUCACGUCGCGCUUCGGCAUGAAGACCUUCACCGUGGUCCCCCCGAAACCGACCGUCAUUCAGACUUCACAAGACCAAGUGGCGACGGCGUCUUCGGGUGCUAUCAAGAUAGACGAGCAGGGGAACAUGGUGAGGACCGGCACCCCCUGGAACAAGACAUCCAGCUCUUCAUCAGAGUUCAAGAAGAGUGACAGGUCCCCUCAGGUCGGUAGGGCCAAAGAAAGUUGGAGUUCGAGCGAGAGACAGGAGAGUGUUGCUCCCGUGAGGAAAGACAAGUUUGAGAUCUCAAGAAGAGCUGAUGCUGUCGUCUCAGAGUGGAGAACGCUAAGGAACGAGGACACGACGGGAACGGUAGAAAAAGUCAAGAAAGAAAAGGUGGAGCUUAAAAUAACCAUGCCCAAAGUGAUCCAGCAGCCAAGUCCUAAACAGAACCUCCCUCCUCCAGUCCAAACCAAUAGCCAGAAUAGGGACCUCUCCUUUCUCAAACCUUCCAGGAGAACCUCCAGUCACUAUGUUGCUUCUGCCAUCACUAAACACAGAGCCAACCCUGCACCCAGCACACUGGAGGGCCCCGUUCCUUCCAGAGCCAGUCAGUCGGAGCAACAGAACCUUGAGGUGUCUCGUCAUAGAAGCACAGAUUCAGUAGACGCCAGACAGCUCCACCGUGAGGAGAAAACAGUCGAGAGGAGGCCAAGUCCGCUGCGUGUCCCGUCUCAGAGCAGCAACCUGGAUGUCCGGAAACUUCAGAGCAGGAGUCCCAGCCCUUCCGCGCACAGACCGCCACAGUCCAAGCCACUGCCUGCACCCAAACCUGCCUCUAGCAUUGCCCCGGCCUCGGCGAAGAAAACCCCCAACCCAGAACGUCUGGUCAUUCCUUUGGGCGGCGAUGAGGAAUGCGCCACGCCUCCUGCGUCCAUCUUUGGCCCGGUGAAGAAGUUCAAGCCAGUGGUUGUCAAGCCAGUGGAGAAGGAGUCGUCUUUGCACAGCAACCUGAUGGAGGCCAUCCAGAACAGCGGAGGCAAAGACCGGCUGAAGAAGGUUUCCAGUCCUGGUCCCAACGGCGCAAAGAAGCUUUCUUAUGUGGAGGAGGAGAACGAGCGCUCCGCUCUUCUGGCUGCCAUCCGAGCACAGAAUAACCCCGGGAGGCUGAAGAAGACCCAAUCUGCUGCAGCUCAUGAGCUCACAGUGAUCCGGGAGUCUGUUUCAGAGGAGCAAAGGAGCCAGAAGGCCGCUCCCUCCACCACCACCAUCACCGCACCACCUCCACCUCCAGCGCCGCCGGCGCCCGGACCCCCACCCCCACUGCUCCUGAAGCCCUCAGCCGCGUCACACCCGAGUCCCAGUGACCCAACUGAUGCGGCCGCGGCCCGCGAGGCCAUGCUGGAGGCCAUUCGCUCUGGAUCUGCUGCCGAAAGGCUUAGAAAGGUCAGUGCACCCGCCAAGACCAUCAAAGUGAACGGGCGACGAGGGACAAUGCAAGCGGCCGCCUCUUCUCUCUCGCGGAUGUAGCUCAGCGUCACCGGGGCCAAGUCCCUCACCUUCAUAAUGUGGCCUUCUGUUCAAAUCUGCUGGAGACUGCAGGACCUGUUCACUCCGACCUUCAGCAUCGUUUCAUCCACGUGCCAACGGAACUGGAAUCAUUCAAGCUCUUCAGCUCUUUCCCCUCUAAUCUCAUGUCCUACACACAAAUGCCUUAAACAGUUACUGUCAGUGUUAAUGUCGAGUGCAAAUUAAGGAAGGAAAACCAGUUUGUGCCUUUUGAUUUAAGAAGGGAAGAUCACUGUUAAGCGCUUGCUGAUGUUCAUGAAUUUUCUUAUAUAAGCCACAUAUAUAUAUAUAUAUAUAUA